GUCCAUGCCCCAUUUUUGCUGAUCUCUUCAAGCCUUGGACCUCAUUAAGCACAGACCUGAGCGAGAAGCACCCCUUCUUCUGGAUGCCACCAUGAGACCAGUGUCCCUGGUGCUGUUCCUCACCUCCACUCUGCUGCCUUUCACUGCUGGCCACGUCCUACCAGGAUUAUUGGAGGGGAGCAGCAGGGAGCAGAAAGUGUGGGUCAGAGAGGGGAGUCCAGCCGUGCUGCCCUGCCACUUAAGCCCCAGAAAGACGAGGGAGAGUUCCAAGCAGCUGCCUGACAGAAUAUCUCUGCUGUGGAGGCGGCAUGGGGGAAGUGUGCACCAGGAGCCCCACGUGGUGCUGGAGGUUGGGGACUCGGGCCUCCAGAAGACAGCGCUGCUCAUGAAGCCCCGGGUGUCACUGCAGGACCCGGCCCUGCGCAAUGGCAACUUCUCCCUGCGGAUCCAGCCCGUCCGGAGCGAGGACGCGGGGCUGUACGAGGCACGGGUGAAAUACACCACGGAGGUGCACAGCUGCCGUGUGCAGCUGGGGGUGAUCACAGUAACCCUCAGCCCACCCGGUCCUGUGAUAGAAAAUGAGCUGCUCUUGAUGACCUGCAACUCCAGCCACCAGGCCAGCCUGGUGGAGACAUGCUGGUUCCACAACAAGCACCCGGGCCCCACCCCCAGGACCUUCUGCUCCUUGUCCAGCACUCUCUCCAUCCUCCAUCCAGCCAUGCGUGAUGCGGGCUCCUGGCGCUGCCAGCUUCGGUACUCUGACAACGAGAUAAUUUCUGCCACAUUCAACCUGCAAAUUCUAGGUUUUGAUGGCCCACCCAACCCUGUGGUCUAUGCAGCAGCUGGCUCUGAAGCCGAUCUACCGUGCAGUCUGAGCUACCUUCCCAGUGCCUUUGGGAUGAGAGUGGUGGCGGCCCACUGGAGCCACCCUGCAGGAGGACAUUUGCAAGACUGGGGCGUGUCCCAGAACCGGAGCAGCAGAAGCUUCCCCCUGCAUCUCCCCGUGGUGGGGCCGGGCGAUGCGGGGCAGUACCGCUGCGCUGUCUCUGUGGGACACAGGACAAUCAGCAGGGCUGUGACCUUAGCUGUGCUUACAGUGACUCCGAGCAUCCAAGGACUGGUUUCUGAGGGGAAUCAUUUGCUGCUCAUCUGCAGCCUCACGCACUCCCAGGGACAUGAGCGUUUCCAGUGGACACACCUUGGCUCAGCCCCCACCAAGAGCAAGCUGGCUGUGGCGUCUCCUCGUAACUUGGAGGGCCACGGUUCCUGGAUGGGACCUAUCUUGGAAAUACCCCAGGUGUCACAAAAGGACACAGGCACCUGGGAAUGCAGUGUGCAUGGCCCAGAAGGCAAACUGGGAGCAGUGGAGUAUGACCUGCAGAUCACAGGUGCCCAGGUCUCCAGCGCUCCCUCGAUCUUAAGUGGGGAGGUCACUUUUGGGCUCACACUCACCCUCUUCUUCCUCCUUGCCAUUUGUGUUGUGGCUCUAGCCCUACAAAAAAGGGCACGGCCCCCUGCGUUCCCAGCACUGGAGGGGAUGUGUGCAGUCACCGUGCCCUGGAAGCCCACGGAGGAAAGCCAGAAAGGGAAGAUCCAGCAAACGGAGUGCUGAUGGAAGCAGGGCCAUCGGGGCUAGUCUGGGCACCAUGCACACCUCUCAGAGGGACCAGGGGUGGCAUGGGCAAUGCAGGGGACCUGACGAGCUCUGCACCUGCAGAGGGGCUGGAAGCUGCAGCCAGGGCAAGGCAGACUCACCACUGCAGUCAGGUGGGCAGCAGCAGAGAUGCUUUGGAGCUGUUGGGGGUAUUUGAGCCCGCAGCUACUGCCUGCUUUGGUGCCACGUCUCUGUCCCACUCUCUGCCCCUCCUUCAUGGCCUCUCUCUCAGGCUUUCUCUGGUGAAACACUUUGAUGCAGGACAUGGCUGGAAUCCAUCUCCCUUGCAGUCUGACAAUGUUUUUUCUCCCAUGCUCACUCUCUUCUCCACCCCCCUCUCCCUGCACUGCCCU